CGGAGAUCGACUGUUUACCGAAGUGCAGCUGAAAUACCAGGUGCGCAUUGAGAUAUUUUGAUCCAUACAACUCUUCUCCUUGGGCCUGCAAUGUCAUCAUGGACUUCCUCGCUGGACCUUCGAAGAGGUCCGAGGGAUCGACAGGCGGUCCAGUCACAUAUAGACAUCUGCUCAAUCACCAAUCAAUGACAGUAUCGAACCCUCUGAGGGUCAUUGCUCACUGUGACAUCGAUGCUGCUUACGCUCAGUUCGAACAGGUCCGGCUAGGUCUUCCAGAUGAUAUACCGUUGAUAUGUGCACAAUGGCAGUCGAUAAUUGCUGUCAACUACCCGGCCAGGAAGUAUGGUAUAAAGAGAUUCAACACAAUCGACGAAGCAAAGAAGAUGUGUCCUCAUUUACAUGUACAACACGUCGCAACGUAUCGGAAUGGAGAGGCCGAAGCGGGUUACUGGGGCGAAGCGGACCCGAGGACCCACAAAGUUAGCUUGGACCCAUAUCGACGAGAGUCGCUCAAAAUUCUUGCCAUAUUCAAGGAGAUGAUUCCCAAGGGCGAGAUAGAAAAAGCGUCAAUUGAUGAAGCGUUCCUCGACCUAUCGCUGAUGGUCGCUGAACGUCUACUGGACCGAUUCCCUCACCUCAAGAACGUACCUGAGGAUGCGCCAAGCGGUCUCGAUUCACCUCUGCCGCCGCCACCGCCGAUUGACUGGACGAACGCAGGGAAUGUCUUCCCUAUCCAUGGCGAGGGUGAAAAAGGCGCCGAAGAUGGGGCACUAGCAGCUGAUAAGAGUUGUGAGAGGCCUGACUGGGAGGACUGGGCGCUGUGCGUCGGUGCAGACUUGAUGGGAGAGCUCCGCUCGGAGGUGCAUAAGAGACUACAUUACACUUGCUCAGCUGGAAUAGCACAUAACAAGGCCAUGGCGAAGCUAUGUUCAGCGUGGAAGAAGCCAAAUAACCAGACUGUGCUCCGUGCCGCAGCGACUCCCGCUUUCCUUCGAGAUAUGGACUUCACAGAUAUACGUUUUCUGGGUGGCAAGCUUGGCAGUGCAAUGGCUACAGAGUUUGGUGCCAAAACUGUCGGCGACAUGCUAACGGUCCCGCUAGAGGAUAUGCAGAAACGAUUUGGUGAAGAGAGUAUAUGGGUGUACAAUAUUCUCAGAGGCAUCGACCAUUCUGAGGUCACGGCACGGGUCGCUACGAAGUCAAUGCUGGCUUCCAAAAAUGUUCGGCCCAGUGUCACCACCCCAGAGCAAGGCCAUCACUGGCUUCAAGUUUUGGCGGGCGAACUGAAUGUACGACUGCGGGAUGCAAGGGACAUUUCUCCGGGCCUCUGGCCAAAGACCCUUGUCCUGUCGCAUCGCACAGGCAUCGAGGCUUCAAAAUCACGACAAACUGCAUUCCCCUUCACCCGCAACCUUUCCACAGAAUAUAUCCUCAAAUAUGCUCGUAAGCUUUGGGAUGAGGUUACACAGCCUAUGAAUAAGGGCAACAUGAAGCUCAACAAUAUUGCUCUUGCAUUUUCCGGCCUCGAAAGAUUGGAGGAUGGUCAAAAGGGGAUCGAGAAUUUCUUCAAUCCCAAUAACAACGCCAAAGCAGCCACCGCGACAGCUACGGGGGCCACAGUCAAGCGAUCCACUUCACCUACAUCUCGAGGCGUUCACGUACCGACUGAACCUUCCCCAAAAAAGCCAAGAUUACCUACACUUCACACUGGCAAACGAAAAACCGCACUCGAUUCGUUUCUCGCCCGGCCGACUGAUCCAGAUGCAAGUCCGUCGAUAAACAGUGGGUUCAAGCACGAUAAUGCGAGAAAGCCAGAAGAUAUCAUCGAGAUCGUCGAUGACUCGAUAGAUUUACCUGACAACGGAUGGAAAUGUCCGCGUUGCAAAACAGUCAUCAAGGGAGAGGAUUCGGGGAAUCUGAAGGAGCAGAUUCAAGAGCAUGAGGACUACCAUUUCGCUCUCGAACUUCAAAACGGGCCUAGUCCUGCUCGUCUUCCCAAGCCUUCGAAGACCGGGAGUAAGUCGAGGCCAGAAGGGAUCAAGCGCUUCUUCGAACCAAAGUCGAAAUCGUAGACUCUUGUUGUAUCAGUCAUGUUGUACAGAUUAGCCUGUAGCUAUUAUUGCCUGCAUGGAACAUUUGCUUCAAAAA